AUGCGUUACUUGUUUAAACAAUUUUCAAACUGUGUUUUUGAAAAAGUUUGCUUGGAUAAAGUUAUAUUUAAUCAGCAUUUUAAAUUGCAACAAUUUGUAUUUAAUCCGCAAAUGCUUGAAAUAUUAUAUGACGAAAAUAGAGAUACCACAAAGAAUCCACUACCUUUACAAAUUCAUUCUAAUGAGGCUAAUCUACGUAUUUACAAAAAUUAUGAUCAUACUAGUCUUAUAAGAUUUGCAUUAAAUCAUUUACUUUCCAAUCGACUAAUCAUUAGUUUUGAAAAUGGAAUAAAUAUAGAGGCAUAUCGAGAUGAAAAUGGCAUCAAUGUAGAGAAUUAUCAAGAAAUUUUAUUUACAAUUUUAACUACUGGAGGUUAUAAAUUCUCUAAAGUUUGUUGUAAACAUCCCAAAUUAACAGGCUUACAUAAUCGUAUUUUACAGCAUAAAGAAACAUCAAAUGAUAUUUCAAACAUGGUGAAAGAAAUUAUAUUUGAAGAUCUAUAUGGAAGUCGGAAGCGCAUAAUUAACGAAUAGAAGCUUUGUAUGGAGCAGAUAAUGGAGCUGAAGUAUUUUUUAAAAGGAAACUUUACUUUCAAAAAACUUUCCAAUAAACACAAUCCAUAAUGAAGAAUAUUAAUGAGAUUUAUCUUAUUAACA